AUGGAAAACACUAACACGGUUUCAUAUUACAAGCUGUUCUCCUUUGCUGAUUCCGUUGACCAUGUAUUAAUGCUUGUUGGCACAAUCACCGCUGUAGCAAGUGGACUUUGCAUGCCCUUUUCGGCUGUGAUAUUUGGAGAGUUGGUCGAUUCAUUCGGCGAGGCCACAGAUACCACAAAAGUUAGCCAUGCAGUGUCCAAGGUAUCUAUCAAGUAUGUGUACUUGGCUCUGGGGUAUGGUGUCGCUUCAUUUUCCCAGGUGUUUUGCUGGAUGGUCACAGGGGAGAGGCAGGCUGCGAGGAUUAGAAGGUUAUACUUAAAAGCUAUACUGAGACAAGAUAUUGGAUUUUUUGAUAAGGGCACCAACACGGGAGAAAUUAUCCAGAGGAUGUCAGAUGACACUGUUAUUAUUCAAGAUGCCAUAGGUGAAAAGGUUGGGAAAGCUAUACAGCUGGCAUCUACAUUCUUGGGAGGGUUCAUAAUAGCUUUUACAAAGGGAUGGCAACUCACCCUUGUCAUGUUAUCUUCAAUUCCUCCUCUUGUCAUCUCCGCUGCUGCCAUGACCAUCCUUAUGGCCAAGCUAAUAGCCCGUGGACAGAUCGCUUAUUUGCAAGCAGCCACUGUGGUUGAACAGACAAUUGGCUCAAUCAGAACUGUAGGAGCAACUGCCCAAGAAAAAGUUUUAACUUUUCAUUUCUCCUUUCUUUUUUGCGUUUUCCUUCAUUUCGUUUUUCAGAAUUAUGUUCAUGACCGUUGA